CCGGCCCGGCCCGGCCGCCAUGGCGGCUGCGGCAGCGGCGGUGGUGGACAGCGGCUUCCUCCGCUCCCCGCGGGGCGCUGUGAAGAUCGCCCGCGCGGUGGUGGCGUUCGUAACGUUCCUCUGCUUCGUGGCGUCCCGCUCGGGCGGGGCGUACACCGCCCUGGCCCUCAUGGAGACGGUUAUCACGGCGCUGUUUUUUCUGCUGUACGUGCUAAAGCUGGACAAGAAGAUGAGGUGGCUCUUCUGGCCGUUGGCGGAUAUUUUCAACUCGGUGAUUGCAGCAUUGUUCCUCCUCAUUGUGUGCCUGUUUGCAAUAAUAAUCAAGACCAACAAUGGGACACUGGCUGGAGGAGUGUUUGGUCUUGUAUUACUUGUUCUCUGUGUUGUCGAUGCAGUUCUUCUUUUCCAGAAGAUUAGCCUUGGUGGACCAAGAGGAAGGAAUACUCCUGCAAAAUAAGAUUACCAUUUUAGGAAAGAACACUUUCCUCACUGAUGACCGCUUUACUGUUUCCUUUUAAAAAAUUUGUAUUGUCAGGUGUUCACCUUUGAAUUUCCUGUGCAUUUGUGUACAUUUUUGCAAGUAUUGUUCCUAAGUUUUCCUACGCUUACAAAUGUACUUUCAGUGUUGCAAUUUCACCAUUAUGAGCUUCACAGAAAAUUGUUCUGUUUUUCUAAACUUAAUUCCAUUUUCACCUGUAUGAAACUUAAGUUUCAGAAUUGUCUCUCUGUAAUAAAAAGAAAAUACAAAUAGGCUUAA